CAUUACACUUUGCGAUAAUAGGUUACACUACUCGUCACUAUUUUUAAUUAUAUUUAAAAUGGAUCUAAAUUAUUUGUGCAAUUAUUCACUGUAAUUAGUGUACUUAUGUAUACCUACACUGUACGUAAUAGUAAAUUUAGCAGUUUCCAAGGAUGUCUCAGAUGAGUGCACUUUUUAAGCAAGCCAUAACCACUUUUACUUGUAAAAAAGAAAUAUUUCACCAAAAUUUAGAAAUUCUACAUGCUGUUCUUGACAAAAUAACUGCGGACGACGUGGAUUUACAUCCACAGUUUAUGAAAGAAUCCUUGUGGAUGAGACCAAACAAAGCGCCAGUUACUUACAUAGACAUAUUUGAGGAUGAUAAGGUCUCUAUGGGAGUCUUCAUAUUGAAACCGGGGAUGCGACUACCACUACACGAUCAUCCACAAAUGUACGGAUUAAUAAAAGUGAUCGCGGGUACCAUAAGGAUCACCAGUUUUUCGUUAUAUACAGAAUUACUUAGUGAAAACCAACACAAGAAUCGACUGGAGUCGGAUAGUGUUAUGGCAGAGAGGAAUUUGGAGAUGGUAGCAGAUGCGAGUUCGGAACCUUGCAUGUUGGAUCCUAAUAAAGGAAACUUGCACGAAAUUGAAAGUGUAGGAGGUCCUGCUGCUUUUCUAGAUGUGUUGUCACCACCAUAUAGAACACCUAUCACGGGUAAUGGACCGCGGUUAUGUACUUAUUAUAAAGUUAUUAAAGAAAUGGAACCUCGUAUUUUUAAACUAGAAAAAAUAGAAGCACCUUCUUGGUAUUGGAACGACACAUUCCCCUACACAGGCCCACAAGUACCGUAAAACCUACCAUAUAAAUUUGAAUUGUUUCAAACUGUGAUUAUGUAUUUUUACAACCAGUCAAUUUGUUUUAUAAGUGAAAUAAUGUAUCCCAGUUUAUUAAAAAAUAUAUUUUCAAAUAUGGAUCUAUCAACAAA